AUGGAAAAUGAAAAUCUAGGUCAUGGUCGUGGAAAGGUGAUUGAUGAGCUAUUAAGAGGACGUGAACUUGCAAAUCAACUAAGAAAUAUUCUCAAUGAAAGUGGUGAUAUUGAUGAUAGUAAUGGAUCAACAGCACCAUUUGCUGAACAUCUUUUGAAGGAAGUGCUUAUGACCUUUACCAAUUCACUUUUGUUCUUGAACAAUACUCAAACUUCACAGGAUGUUCAACUCACCAAAUCUGAAGAUUCUCUUGAGAGUAAUUGCAAGAGUACUGCCAUUGUUAAGGAAAGAAGAGGCUGUUACAAAAGAAGAAAAGUUUCACAAACAUGGGAGAAGGAGUCUGAAUAUCAAGUGGAAGAUGGUCAUCAAUGGAGAAAGUAUGGCCAAAAAACUAUCCUCAACACCAAAUUCCCAAGGAACUACUACAGGUGCACUCACAAAAUUGAACAAGGAUGCAAAGCAAUAAAACAAGUACAAAAACUUCAAGAGGAUCCACCUCUUUACAAAACAACCUACUAUGGCCAUCACACUUGUAGAAUCUUACAAAGUCCUGAGAUCAUAGUGGAUUCAUCACUUUCUCCUUCUCAUCACUCUUCCAUGUUCCUUAGCUUUGACAACUCUUUUCCAACACCAGCCAAACAAGACUGCCCUUUUCUCUCAUCACCUUCUUAUCCAUCAAGUUCAUCAAUAUCAUCAUUGAAAAAGGAGUGCAAGGAAGAGAUUGUUCAUGCUCCUCCUCCUUCAUCUUCUGCUAAUGAUUAUUACCUCUCUGGUCUCACUUUUGAUGAUUCAGAAAAGAAUGUCACACUAUCAUCAACCCUUGAUUCUCAUCAACUAGGUGUCCAUAUUCCUGAUAUCUUGUAUGAUGAUGUCCUUAAUUGGCCUCUUUCUUGA